AGAUUAUUUCGAAACCUCAUUGUUGUCUGAUCGCUUUGUGUCACUAACCAGAUCAUUCGACUACAAUCCAUGGCUGAAAAUCGGCUCCUUCUCUCCCGCCAUUGAUAAGCCCCGGUCAGACAUAUUUGAUGGAGGUCCCCACGUCACUUGACUAUCUGUGCAAGUUGACCUUCAUCAUGGGCAAAGGGAAGCGACACCAAGGUCAUAAACAAAACGAUAAGCUCAAGCCAUCCCAUCAAGAAGGCAAUCGAUGGGAUGGAAGUGGGGAUAAAAAAUCUCUUGCAAAAGUCCAUCAAUUAGGAUCGCACACUGUCAUUGAACGGGAGCAUUCUCAUUCCCUCGAUUCAAGCCACCAUGCGUUUGAAAGCAACCAAUACCAUCGCCCAAAGAAGAGCAAUCGUCAUCCACAACCGGGCACUCUAAAGGCCCUUAGCCACUGUGAUGUGUCUUUACCUCGGACUACUCUUGGCUCUCAUAGGAAUGCAUUCCUCGCAAGGUCCAAACACUUCAAACAACACCUCACCGACUCCAUCGAGCAAACCCUUCAUCACAUGCAGCAGUGGUACCCGGACGAAAGCUUGGGGGAAAGUGACGACGAUGAGAUGGACUGGCAGCCUGAGGGGGAAGUGACAAUCCCAAUACCGGGCGAGGUUCAUUAUGUCUGGGAUCCGACCCCUGCAAGUCCCGGCGAAGUUCCAUGGGGGAAUGGGACUCUGAAAGUUGGCGUACAGUCUAGAAUGCCGAUUGGAAUCAAGAAGAGGAUAGCUUUGCAGGAAAGUUUGAGUGAGGGUCUAGAAACGCCGGUUGAGGGAGGAUUGAAGUCGGGCAGUAUGAAGGUGGCGCUGAGCAGAGGAGGUACUUGUGUCCUCACGGAAUGACCUCCGUUGGAGAUGGACCCUGAGUGUUGAGCCCCUGCAACCAACUUUGACUUCGGCAACUGAUGACGGCAAAUGUUCUGUUGUCGCAAUCUUUGACAGUUGACAAUACUUAG